CGAGCAGUGUUGGUGUUACCUGCAGAAACGUCAUUACAGUGUGUGUGUGAAAGCGCAGACCCAAACAAACUCGUUCAAUCGAAAACAAAGCAAAGUAAGCAUCGAAAGAGCAGCAAUGGCAGAUACAGCGAUGGCAGUCCCCGCAGCAGCAGCAGCCCCAGCCGCCGUGGCCAAGACCCCGAAGAAGGCCAAAGCCGCCGCAGGACCGAAGAAGCCGAAGAAGCCCGCGACGCAUCCCCCGGUGAACGCGAUGAUUGUGGCCGCCCUGAAGGCGCUGAAGGAGCGCAACGGCUCGUCCCUGCAGGCCAUCAAGAAGUACAUGGCAGCCAACUACAAGGUCGACGUGGCCAAGCUCGGACCAUUCAUCAAGAAGGCGCUGAAGACGGGCGUGACGGGUGGUAAGCUGGUGCAGACGAAGGGAGUAGGAGCGUCCGGAUCGUUCAAACUGUCGGCCGAGGCGAAGAAGCCAGUGGUGGAGAAAAAGAAGAAGGCCGCCGUGCAGAAGAAAAGGGCGGCCGCUGCAGGAGACAAAAAGAAGAAGCCAGCGACGAAGAAGGCGGCUGGUGAGAAGAAGAAGAAGGUAGCGAAGAAGGCCGAGGGAGGAGCCGCUGCCAAGAAGCCGAAGCCAGCCGCCGCUAAAGCUAGCGGAGCGAAGAAGACCGUGAAGAAGGCAGCGACAGCAGCACCGAAGCAGAAGGCGACCAAGCCCUCGAAGAAGACGGGAGCGCCCAAGCCAAAGACUCCCAAACCGAAGAAGGCCGCCGCUCCUGCCAAGAAGGCCGCGGCACCCAAGAAGGCCACUGCUGCGAAGAAGUAAGCUGAGCGGAUCAUCAAAGGGCACGAGGCGGAUUGCCCUGGCUAUUUCGUAAAACAGUCCUUGUCAGGGCUACAAAAUGUAUUUUUAAGGAUUAUUUCCGUGACCAUCGUCUGCUAAGAUGAAGUUUGCUUGCUCGAAGUGAACCAUUCCUUGAUCUCGACUCCAAUGAAGUUGAUAAGUUUGUUUUAAACAUUUUGAAAGCGCACAUCGCUCGGAACCGACCGACGUGCCAAGUGUACAUAGAUGAAUGAUAAGUUAAGUAAACAUUUAAUAUGGUUGAAUUAGUGUGUACAAUAAAAUCUUAAACCUUCUGAAAACUGAAAA